AUGUCCCCCGACCAACAGUACUGGCUUCCGGGGUAUGGACUGUCCCGACAUAUCGUCUUAGGGCAUAUCCAUUACUUCUUGGGCCCGACUGCGUCGGUCAGGCCCUAUAGCUACCAGGUAUGUCAGGCUGAUACUUGGGCUCCACCCUGGGAAACUUGUCCUAAUCAUAUAUCAUUGGUGAAGGGGCGUGAAGGCUAUCUCAUCAACGGCGUGCCUCUCACGCGGGAACAAAUAGAUGACCUCGCAACUAUGUCCCGGGAGUACGAAAGACAAGAAGCAGCUCGCAUGGCCUAUAACAAUGGCACAGCAACAUCCAGUCCAGGAAGCGAUACCUCAACCUAUCACACCUCGCAUGAGACUUUUAUCAAUGAGAUUAUUCCAAUAAAUACCCCUGCUCCACGCAGACGUGACCAAGAUUCGCGAGGUCGUUGA